UCUCACCCAGAGGCCAGCCAAGCCAAGAAAGAUUGGCGACUGCGGGGGCGGCACUGUCGCACGAGAUAGAUGGAAAAAUCAAAGAAAAGAGCGGCAAAUUGCACUUGAAAGUGAAAGAAAUUGCACAGAAAGUGCAACAAAGUGUUUUACUUAUCGGUUAUUGAAUCAAUCACACCCGUCAGGCAUUACAAAGCCAAAAGUGCUGCUAGUGAAUGGUGUAAAACGAUUUGAAAAUGUGAAGAAAAGGGAAAGAGGCUCUUUGAGGCAAUAGAGCACUAAAAACAGGAAACUAAGGCUUAAUGGCACUUAAAAAGUUAAAUCAUUGAAUUUGAUGGCUAAUAAUCAUUAAUCGGAAAUUGCAACUCCCUAAUCUAAAUAGGAUGUGUCGAAAGUUCAAUCGUUUGAAUGGAAAACGAAAGCCCAGAGGAUGUAUCAAUCAAUAAUCGAUUAAAUUGCUUAUCGGUUAUCUUUAAACUCUGUGAAAGAAGUAGGGCAAAAGACUUUUAAAGUGAAAUACUUAAAUCAGUCUUCGCUUUAAUACGCAAGCUACUAUCUACUAUUUGCUAUCACAGCUUAUCGCGAAUAUCGUUUUUAUCAGUGACUGAAACUUCCUUGAAAAUAUUGCCAAAAAGCUGAUCGAAAGUGAAAUAAUCAAUGUAAAGCAUGCCCAUAAAAUGAUGUUGUAAUCGGCAAUCGCUGAAAUCAACAAUCUUAUACAAAACUGACCGAUGUUGCUGCUAUCGCUUAUCGGAAUUUGGUGAAAUCAGCGAGGCCAGUGUGUGUUGUGUUUGUGUUUGUGUUUGUGUUGUUGUGUGUAUCGGCGCAUUCGUUUUAGCCAAACAUUUUAGUUACAACAAAUUGUUAUGCGUGUUGCUGCGGUCGUCGUUACUGUUGUUGCUGCCAUUAUGCAAUAUGCCGCAAUUUGAUGAAUCUUUUUUGAGCGACUGUGCGCUAGCCGACCGCUGGCAUUUCUAUUCGUACACGGUCAAGCAGUUGCCACCGCAUCCGAAUCCAAAUUCGAAUCUGAAACUGAAUCUGAAUCCAAAUAAAAAUCAUAGUGUUAGUAAUGAUGAGCAUCAACAUUAUCGUCUUUGGAAGACCCAGCGGCAAUCUUGGUCGCCGCGCGACACCAACAACAAUAAUCACAGUCCAAGUAGCAACAGCAGCAGCAACACCUGCACCGGCAACACGUUGCAUAGCAUAAAAUUCCACAGACGUCGCAAAUACAAAAAGCUGGCACGAUUGGCGCUAUCAACGCCAGCGAUUCCACGGCAGAUGGAUGCGUUGGAUAUGGAUAGGGAGUUCGAUAUGGAGAUGGACACACCUGUGCCGCUUAAGAAUGCGGUGUGCCACGGCAGCAUCAGUUCUCCAUCCACGCCUGGGACCUGUUCCAGUGGCAUCGGAGUGGGCGGUGGCGGUUGCAGCAGCAGCAGCAACAACAGCAUCAACAGCGGCGGCUAUUCGACCGCCUGCACCCCGCCACCAGCCACAAACCACUCGCAUCACUCGCAGCACCAGCAGGGUACGCCUGGAGGAUCUAGUCGAGUCGGAGGAGCAAGUGGUGUGCCACCGGCACCACCCACCACCGGAUCGUCGGGCCACAAGAACAGUUUAAAGGGCACCAAAUUAGCGCGCCGGGCACGUUCCUUCAAGGACGAUCUCAUCGAGAAGAUCUCCCUGAUGCGGACUACAAACAAUACGCUGGGUCGCUCCCAUUCGCCGCACAGUCCGCGCACCAAGCACGGCUCGAAGGCACCGCCCACCACCGAGGAGGUACAGCGGUCCACCCAAACAUUGGAGACGCACGUCAAGGACAUCUCGAAUGCCCUGAAGCAUUUCCGAGAUGUUAUACUCAAGAAGAAGCUGGAGGUGUUGCCGGGUAACGGCACGGUUAUUCUGGAAACCAUAGCCAGCAUGUACUCCGUGAUCCAGACAUACACCCUGAACGAAAACAGUGCCAUUAUGAGCUAUGCCACGCAGCAGGUUUACCAAAGCCUGGGCAAGCUCAUCAAGCUCUGCGAUGAGGUGAUGCUCUCCGAGGAGAGCGACGAGUGCGCCUCCUUGAGUAAUGAGAAUGUCCGUGAAGUGAUCGAUCUUCUAGAGGAUGCAGUGCGGAAUCUCGUUACGCUGGCGCAGGGAAAACUGAAGGAGCAGGAUCAGUGCGCCUUUCGCUAUAGUGGAUCUGGCUUGGGCGGCAUUGGGGCUGCGGCGGAAAUUAUGGGAGCUGUUACCGCAUCACCGGGAGUCACCAGUGUUCCUGGUAGUACCAUCAUGCGUGUCACAGAUGAGUCAUUUGCCCAGCGCACCUCGUUGCCGGAUAUAGCACUCACGCCCAAAGAACGCGACAUCCUGGAGCAGCACAAUGUGAACCCAAUGCGCGGCUCUCACAGCACCGAAAGCAUCCUGCGCGACACGAGUCCACCGCCAAAGCCACCGCUGCCCAAUCGGGCCAGUAAUCCGCCACCUUUGCCCCCAAAGCGACGCAGCCAGCCGGGGGCUCCUUCCAGUGCUGUGGGAGUGUGCUCUUCCUCUUCAACAUCCACCUCCAAUCAGGCCAGUCCGCUACCCUACGCCCAGUCUCAUAAUAUCAGCCUAAACUCCGACUUGGAUUGCAGUUCCAAUAUCUCGCUGAUGAAUUAUGGCGUGGAUCGCCUAUCCGUGCGUUCACGGUCACCGGACGAAAAUAGUCAAUGCUCCUUCGAUUCGGCGUUGAAUCACUCGCGGGAGGAGGAGGAUCAGCAUCAGCAGCAGAGGCAGUUUCCAAAGAUGGCGGCAAUGAUGGACGAGGACAUGGACAAGCUUGUCAGCUACAGUGAGUAUUGUCGCAACGCUCCGCCGAACCCCUCACUCUGCUCAACUCAAGUGGUGGCCCCCCCAAUCAACGAAUCCCGUACAGAACCCACCAUGGAGGAGAAAAGUCAGUCAUCGCUUCCGGUUGGUGCUGGUGGUAGUGUUGGUGCUAGUGGAACUGGAGGAGCAGCCGAAGGUGGAGCUGCUGCAGCGUCUAGUGGCGGGGAAACUAACAGCAAUCGCCACUCAAACGAAUCGGGUUUCGUUUCGAUGCGCGAGUUCCGCACCUCCACGCAGACGACGGACUACAGUGUUCAGUCCUCCACGAAGUCCUCCAGCAGCAACUCGGAGAUUGCGUUUAGCAUCAGUGAGUCGACGGCGGUCGGGAGUAGCAGCGAGUACCAGCAGAUUAGCCAGUCGGUGUCGCAUAGCCAGCGGCAAAUCUCGUCGAGCAGCAGCAGCUGCACCACUACCACCACUAGCAGCAGCACCACCACCGGCUAUGGCAGCAGCAGCACCAGCGAACUGGAGCACCAGACGACAACGUCGGUCGUUUCCGGUGCUCUGGGAUCGUCGCCAGAACUUGCACCCGCUUUGCCGCCCAAGAGUAUCCAACGGAGCAGCCUAACCCGCCAUGAGUCGCCCGCAGGCGAUGAGCCGGACGAGGCCUCCUCCGGCUGUGCCAGCCACCGCAGUAGCCAGUCAGAGGUGGCCGAGUUGCGCCAGCAGUCCCCGCAUCAUCACCUCCAUCAUCCGCACACCUGCUCCGCCGGGCAGCUGCAGCAGUGGCACCCGAAGCACCAUAGCCUGAUUGAGGGGCGUCUGGCGGGAAGUGGCAGUUGCAGUGCGUUUGAUCAGCGCCACUUGGACCAGGAGCCACCGCCGCUGCCGAUAAAAAAGAAGCACAUGUUUCAAAGUGUGGCCUUUUCGGUUCUGGCCUACAUGGAGAUCUGCUCGGCGUCCACGCGACCCGCUGAGCAACACCGCCACACGAUGUGCACCUACAACAUCAGUAGCAACAUCUCGCACAGCCAGACUAUGAACAUAAUGCCCAUGAGCAAGGAGCUGUCGCCAGAGCAAGAGAUUCCUCCGGCCCUACCGCCAAAGAACUACAAGCAGCGAAAGGCGGUAAGCAUGGGAUCAUCGCCCUCGCUACAGCCCAUAAUUUUAACGACACCACCGGCAAGUCCGAAGCCAAUGUUGGGCGAGAAUGGAUCAACAGGCAGGCCGGACAGCCGGAUGGCCACCGUUUGCGAGGAGCUAAACGAUGGUUUGACCAGCGAAGACGCAAUGCCAGAGCCUCGUUCACCUGUGCUGGACAGUAAUGAGAAUGUGAGCGCCGUCGACGAUGGCCAGACCUUCUACUGUCACUCGCAUCAGCUGCCCGGCGAGGUGAACGUGUGCGAGGGCAUGAAUAAUGCUGGUCAGCCAAUCAGCACGCCCCAAGUGCUCGAAGAGCAGGCAGAGCAAACGGAAGAGUCACGGCCAGGAGUCACUACUGAAGAGGUUUCCGUUAAGCCACAAAAUGAAAACGGGGAGGAAGAUGAGACGGAGCAAGAUGAGAUGCUGAUCAACAUGCUGGAGGAGGUCAACAUCACACGGUACCUGAUACUCAAGAAGAGGGAGGAGGAUGGGCCCGAGGUUAAGGGCGGCUACAUCGACGCCCUCAUCGUGCACGCCAGCCGUGUCCAGAAGGUCGCCGACAAUGCAUUCUGCGAGGCCUUCAUCACCACUUUUCGCACCUUCAUCCAGCCAAUCGACGUCAUCGAGAAGCUGACCCAUCGCUACACAUACUUCUUCUGUCAAGUGCAGGACAACAAACAGAAGGCCGCCAAGGAGACCUUUGCGCUGCUCGUCCGAGUCGUCAACGAUCUAACGUCGACGGAUCUCACCAGUCAGUUGCUGAGCCUGCUGGUGGAGUUUGUCUAUCAGUUGGUGUGCUCAGGCGAACUCUACAUGGCCAAGUUGCUGCGCAACAAGUUCGUGGAGAAGGUGACGCUGUACAAGGAGCCCAAGGUGUACGGCUUUAUUGGGUCGGAGUUGGGCGGAACCGGUGGUGCCGCCGGAACGGGAAUAACCGGCAGCGGUGGGUGCAGUACAGCUGGCGGAGGAGGCAACCAGCUUAGUCUCCUGGACCUGAAAUCACUAGAGAUCGCUGAGCAGAUGACGCUACUGGAUGCUGAGUUGUUCACCAAGAUUGAGAUACCCGAAGUAUUACUAUUUGCCAAAGAUCAGUGCGAGGAGAAGUCGCCCAACCUAAAUAAGUUCACCGAGCACUUCAACAAGAUGUCCUAUUGGGCGCGCUCCAAGAUCCUGCGGCUGCCUGAUGCCAGGGAGCGGGAGAAGCAUGUAAACAAGUUCAUCAAGAUCAUGAAGCACCUGCGCAAGAUGAACAACUACAACUCUUACUUGGCUUUAUUGUCAGCCCUUGACUCAGGUCCUAUAAGAAGAUUGGAGUGGCAAAGGGGCAUCACCGAGGAGGUGCGUUCCUUCUGCGCCCUUAUUGAUUCCAGCUCCAGUUUUCGCGCCUAUCGCCAGGCCCUGGCUGAAACUAAUCCGCCCUGCAUACCCUAUAUUGGUCUCAUUUUGCAGGAUCUGACUUUUGUGCAUGUGGGCAACCAGGACUACUUGUCCAAGGGCGUUAUAAACUUCUCUAAGCGCUGGCAGCAGUACAACAUUAUUGACAACAUGAAACGUUUUAAGAAAUGUGCCUAUCCAUUUCGACGCAACGAGCGGAUUAUACGCUUCUUUGAUAACUUCAAGGACUUUAUGGGCGAGGAGGAGAUGUGGCAGAUAUCCGAGAGGAUCAAGCCGCGAGGCCGCCGCCCCGUUAACUAUUAGUCUUCAAGCAGCAACAGCAAAACACCAAUAUUAUAUAUUACAAAAGAAUAUAUAUAUAUAUAUAUACGACUAUAUAUUAAUUUAAUAGUGCAAAAGGUUGCCACGUCUUGGAGAAGCAUCAUCAGGAGCAGCCGAAAACUAUUAUAAUGGGUCUGAGCAAUAAUGUUCGCUAUUCUCUGUCUAUAUAUAUAUAUAUAUAUAGAUACAUAUAUAUAUAUACAAUUAUACAAGAUAUCUAGCUAUAGUUACCAGCCGAUGCCGGAUCAGUAAUACAUAUAUACUUACUUAAGGUAUAGCGAUUCGGAGACGGAUACACGUAGCCGCGUACAAAUAACGAGCCGAUCUGUAGUCUAACUAUUAAGCUCUUUGAUGUUUGGGUUUUGGCCCCAGCCUCAGCUAACUCCCCACCAAUAAUCGAGUCCCUAUCUACAAGUCCCCGAAUUUUCGUCGGACUUAUGCCAGCACUAGAACACCAAACUUACGAACCACCAGAUAUAACUAAAACCAAUCAAGAAAUCAGAAAUCAGCAACUUUUCGCUUUUGUUUUGAGAUCUCUUUACACAAGAACACAACGAAUUUUUUUAAACAAGCUACGUGAACGUAGAGGCCAACCGACAAACUAUAUCCGAUGAUAUAUAUAGCGAUAUCUCGGACUAUGAAUCGAUGCAAUCCAAUCCAACAAAGCAACCAAGCACAAAGCGCGUUUUAUGCAAUUCCCUCAAAACAACCAAUAUUAAAUAUCCUUGUGUGUUAGAAAUUAUUGAAAAUCCAACUUCAGAUUGAAAUCGGAAUCAGUAUCAGUCGAUAUCGAAAUCGAAGACGAUUUUCAGAGUGCAGACAAACAUAAGCGGUGUCGAUCAAAUCAAUCAAUCAAAUCAAUCAAAAAUUCAUUUCGCGACUCAAUUAAUCGAAGCAACUUUUAAAGUUAUAAAAGAAAAGAAAGUAAAAGAAAGAAAAAACAAAUACCCCAUGGGAGAUUACCUAAAUUCAAUUUGCUUUUAAAUGUACGACUAACAUUAAAAAUAUUUAUGGGCAUGUAAUAAUAGUUAUAAAUAAAGCUUUUGACUCCUCCUUUCGA